AUGGGACAUAGUAACAAUGUGACAGAAUUUAUUCUCCUUGGACUCAGUCAGGAUCCUAAGUGGGAAACAGUAUUAUUUGUCAUGUUUCUACUCAUCUAUGUGGUGACGAUGGUGGGCAACCUGCUCAUUGUGGUGACUGUGUUUGCCAGCCCUGCCCUGGGCUCCCCCAUGUACUUCUUCCUUGCCUACCUCUCACUCAUGGAUGCUGUUUAUUCCACUGUCUUUUCACCCAAACUGAUUACUGACUUGCUUCAUGAUAAGAGGACAAUCUCCUUCUCAGCUUGCAUGGGGCAGCUCUUUAUAGCACAUUUUUUUGGGGGUGCUGAGGUCUUCCUCCUAGUGAUGAUGGCCUAUGACCGCUAUGUGGCCAUCUGUAAGCCACUCCACUAUCUGACCAUCAUGAAUCAGAACAUUUGCAUCCGGCUCUUGGUGGUGUCUUGGGUUGGAGGAUUUUUGCACUCUGUGGUUCAACUUCUCUUUGUGUACAACCUCCCCUUUUGUGGUCCAAAUGUCAUUGAUCAUUUCAUCUGUGAGAUAUACCCAUUACUAGAACUUGCCUGCACUGACACCUACUUUAUAGGCAUUGCUAUGGUGGCCAAUGGUGGAGUCAUCUGUACAGUCAUCUUUGUCCUUCUUCUCAUCUCCUAUGGGGUCAUUCUAAAUUCCCUCAAAACUCAUGGUCAAGAAGGGAGGCUCAAAGCCUUGUCUACCUGCAUUUCCCACAUCACAGUAGUGGUUCUCUUUUUUGUUCCCUGUAUCUUUACAUAUGUUAGGCCUGUUUCUACCUUUUCUAUUGAUAAAUCUCUUACUGUGUUUUUCACUAUUAUUACACCCAUGCUGAAUCCAUUAAUAUACAGCUUGAGAAAUUCAGAAAUGAUAAGUGCUAUGGAAAAAUUGUGGUGUGAAAACUUAACUACAGGUAGAAACAGAAUCUGUUACCCACACUAA